AUGAAAGAAUCCUUCCGAUUUUACUUAAACUGCAUACCGCUAACGUCCGAAGAGCUGUACAAUAAGUUUUUACUAUACCGUCUUACGAAGAAACAGCUUGGAGAGUACGGGUUUCCCGUUUUGCAUCCUCAAAAACCGAAUACAGUUAUAGUCUUUAAAAGCAAAAUGUUUGGAAAGUCACAAAAUCCUGAAAAGCAAAUCUGUCGUUGCGGGAAAGAGUUGUCCUUGUUUGAAGAAGACUGGCACAUUGCUGUCAAGGGAUGUGUCUAUCAUCCGGCUAAGCGGAUAACAGUUGGUCCCGACAGAGGACGUUAUAGGUGCUGCAAAAAGAUGUCGCAAUACGAUGGCUGCGCAAUGGGCCAACAUCAUGUCAGUGAUCAUAGUCCUAUCGAAAAUGCUACUUUUGUUACUACUGCUUUGAAUAAUGUUGCUCAGCAAGACGUGGCUGCUCAAACAACCAGUAUCCCUACAACAGAAUGCGUUGCGUUUCCUCUUCGAGAUCGUGACAUGUUACGAUGGGGUAUGAAAAGUAAAACCCGUUCCCAGACUAAAAAUCCUGUAAGAUUUCCUGUUAAAAAAAGCCCUACGUCUAAUAUUUUUGCUCUAGAUUGCGAAAUGGCUUAUACUACAGCAGGUAUGGAGGUGGUAAAGGUGACAUUGGUUAAUAUUGGUGGUGACGUGGUUUUUGAUAGCUACGUCAAACCCAGCCGCCGUAUUCUUGAUUACAACACCCUUUUCAGUGGAGUUACUGCUAGAAACUUAGAUGGUGUUACUAUGAAUCUCAAAGACGUGCAAACAUUCCUUCUUAAAGUCUUAAACAAAGAUUCAAUUUUAGUUGGUCAUGGAUUAGAAAAUGACAUGCUGGCUUUGAAUAUGGUGCAUGAAAGUGUCGUAGAUACAUCUUGUAUGUUUCCGCACAAAGAUGGAUUUCCUUUACGAAACUCUUUGAAAUAUCUCGCCGCGAAAUAUUUGCACAAACCUAUCCAAAGUACUUGGUAUGGUCAUAAUAGCAUUGAGGAUGCAAAUACAUGCAUGGAAUUGGUCUUGUGGAAGAUCUACAUGGAGACAAAUAAAUUAAAUGAAAGACAUUGGAGUGUUUCCAAGAAGCCUGGCUAUCGAUUUAUUCCAUGGUCCCAGAAAAUUAGUACACAAUGCACUGUACCUCCUCCUGCAUAUUACUCAAACAUGAGUAAGAAUCCUGAGGUUGAUCUCGAAAUAGUAUCAUAUAAUCCAACUAUCGUAGCUCCUAACUUGGGUUCCUUCAUUCUUCCGUUUCCUAUGAUGGCUUUUCCAUCAUUUGCUCACAUUUGUUGUCCCGCUGCCACAGUACAAUCGCCACAUUAUGGCUAA